CAUGGUAAUGUUUUGUUGACUUUUAGUGCUAUUUAAAUAUUUCAUAUAUGUUUACAUGGGAAAGCCCCGCCUAUCCUCACAUAAUCACCGGAAGUCCACAGGGUGACGUCAAAGGCAGCGGAAACAGGACAUUGGUUUCUUCUGGACUCCUAAGAAGCAGACUGGGAUUGGUAGAACUGAUUCAGAAGAGGAAAGCUGUUUUCAUUGGGACACAUAACCCUACAGUCUAAGCUGAGGAGCAGUCAGGAUGCCUCUGCUGUUUCUGGAGCGCUUCCCCUGGCCCAGUUUACAGACGUACACAGCCCUGAGCACAGUUCUGCUGGCUGGGACCAUAUUGAGUGCCUACACCACAGUCAGAGACUCAGAGUACUCGUCUGCACUGACAGAAGACUCCCACAGCGGACCCGAUGAGGAAAUCAAGCUGGACCAGCUGGAGAACUUUGGGAACAUGGCCACCAGUGUGCUCCUGUAUCUCAUCACGGACACUCUCUUUGUCUGGGUGAUGGUGAACACAGCCUGCUGCAUCCUCAUGCUGAUAGCUAAAGUGAUCCAGUGCAUUGUGUUCGGACCGCUGAGAGUCAGCGAGAAACAGCAUCUGAAAGAUAAGUUCUGGAACUUCAUCUUCUACAAGUUCAUCUUCAUCUUCGGCGUGCUGAAUGUGCAGCGGGUGGAGGAGGUGGUGCUGUGGUGUUUGUGGUUCUCCCUGCUCAUCUUCCUACAUCUGAUGGUGCAGCUCUGCAAAGACCGCUUUGAAUAUCUCUCGUUUUCUCCCACUACUCCGAUGAGCAGUCAUGUGCGAGUCUUGGCUCUGCUGGUGUCUGUUUUGACGUGCUGUGGUGGUCUAGCGGUGCUCUGCGCUCUAGUCGGACAUCUUCAUGGCAUGCACACCGUCGCUUUCAUGGCAGCUGAGUGUUUGCUGGUGACGGUACGCACAGGACACGUCAUCAUAAGGUACUCCAUUCACCUGUGGGACCUGAACCACGAGGGUACCUGGGAGAACAAGAGCUCAUACAUCUAUUACACUGACUUCAUCAUGGAGUUAGCCAUCCUCUGCCUGGACCUGAUGCAUCACAUCCAUAUGCUGCUCUUUGGAAACAUCUGGUUGUCCAUGGCUAGUCUUGUGAUCUUUAUGCAGCUGCGUUAUCUCUUCCAUGAGGUGCAGAGAAGAAUUCGCCGCCACAAAAACUACUUGCGUGUUAUUGACAAUAUGGAAUCCAGGUUUGCUGUGGCAACGCCUGAAGAGCUGAUGGCUAAUAACGACGAUUGUGCCAUCUGCUGGGAUUCAAUGACUACAGCACGCAAGCUGCCGUGUGGACAUCUUUUCCAUAAUUCCUGUCUGCGCUCUUGGCUGGAGCAGGACACUUCCUGUCCCACGUGCCGUAUGUCACUGAACAUCAAUGAAGGCGGGAGAGAGCGAGAGGAGGGACAGAGGGAGCCGCUGGAUGAUAACAUAGCUGCCGUGCCAGGAACAGAGACCCGAGCACACCUCAACCAGCAUAAUCACUUCUUUCACUUUGAUGGGUCCCGCAUUGCCAGCUGGCUGCCAAGUUUCUCUGUGGAGGUCAUGCAUACCACCAACAUCCUGGGUAUCGCACAUGCCAACAACUCUCAGCUCAAUGCCAUGGCCCAUCAGAUCCAGGAAAUGUUUCCACAGGUCCCCUAUCAUCUGAUCCUGCAGGAUUUGCAGCUCACACGUUCUGUCGAGGUCACCACUGAUAACAUCUUGGAGGGCAGGAUACAGGUGCCUUUCCCAACACAGUCUGUGGAGCGUACACCUAUACAGGGAAACACUGCUGCGGAGGAGUCAGCGGGUGCCAGCAGCAGUUCAGAGGUCACUGCCCCAGAAGACUUUGAGGUUCGGGGGAGCCGCUUUUCCAAGUCUGCAGAUGAAAGACAGAGGAUGCUCAUGCAGAGGAAGGAGGAACUACUCCAAAGAGCUCGCAGACGUUAUCUUCACAAAAAACCAGAUGAAGGAGAUUUGUUUUCUUCUGCUGCCGCUGAUAAUGAUGAUGCCAUGCCCGCCAUGGAGGACGAAGACUCCGAUUCAGUGACCCUGCGGCGCAGAAGGCUGGCGGCCGCAGCUGAGAGACGCAUGCAGAGGCAGGAGCCUUCCCCAUUUUGAGCCGAGCAAAUAAAAGCAUGAUGUUGUCCAUGAGACCGCCAUGCCAUCAUAGAAUUUUGGGCUGAUCAAUGCACAUUUGUGCUAGAUGCAACUAUGUAUGUACCCGUCAAACAUUUCAAUCAGUUGUCCAUUGAAAUAAUAUAUGGUGCCAUUGCCGCACCAGUGAAUUACAGUCAAAUUUUGGCAAGUGUCAUGUAAAGUAAAAGGCACAUGCGUCUUUUAUUCAUGUGUCUUGCCGUAGACAAAAUCAUUUUAAAUAUGUUCAUACCUAAAAAAAGAAAAAAGAAAAGAGCGUGGCUUGGACAGCUGCUCAUAAAAUAAAAUAAUACUUUUGGAAUGCUGCAUUUCUUAAACAUCUUUGUACGGAUCUGAUGAUUUUAACAAAAAUGAUGUUGCAUACUAACAGGUCGACUCAGUCUAGAGCUUAAGCGACAAACAGCAUGCUAGGGUUGUGAAUUUUGAGUUUCUUUCUUCGGCCAGCAAUGAUCCACACAAUUUUGCUGCUGGUUAGCGCUUGAAUCUGCCUUUAAGUCGAUUCGGGACAAUCUAGUUUAAGCUGUCUCGUAUUCUUAGUGUCUCCAAAGACAGUUAAAAAGGAAAAUGGCAUAGAUCCUAGUGUCUGUUCUUGCAUUGUUGUGACAACAAAUUGAUCUGUGCGUCAUAAGAGGCGUUCGUUUAGUCACAUGAUCUUGUUUCUCUUCCCAUAGUGUUGUCAUUCAAAACAGACAUGCUUUAUAUUUAAUUUAUCUCACAUUCUGAACUUGUUCUGGUGAUUAUAUAGUGAGGAAAUGUUUCCUUUCCUACUGUUUUGUGCUACGGUGAAGGAGAAUCUGUCAGGGUAGAUGCCGUAUUUAAUUGAGGGAAAGUCUGUUCAACAUGUUGUCCUGUUUUCAUUUUCAUAAAACUGUUUUUUCUUUCGAUUUUAAGAUUAAAUGGAGCGUCUACCCUGACUAAGGUCCAUUUGAUUGGGUUAUUCAAACAAGACGCACACAAUUAUGGUCAAUAGGUCAGUUUUGUAGCUUUUUGUUGUCAGCGUUUUAUUUGAAUGGUUUUAAAGACCUUUAUUAUUCAGCGUGCUAAUGCCUAUUAAUGCUUGUCUUUUACGGGCCCAUGGCAUUCAUAAUGAAUUUUCACAUGAUAAUUUGGCAUGGAUAAUGCAAAGCAAUUCAGAAUCUUGCAUGUUGAGUUUGAAGUGAACAAGCUUUUCAUGUAAUAGCACGUGACUUUUAAUAAACAUUUGCCUUCUGUUAAAUUACCAUCGUCUCAAAUAACACGACCAUACAUUUUAUUUCGUAUAUAAAUCCCAUUUGUCAACCUCAAAAGAGAAGUAUGUCUUCAGAAUUGUUUCUGAUGUUUUACACUGUGAAUCUACUGUCAGAUAUUUUUAGCGUCAAAUGGACGUUUGUAUCUUUCAUGUGAAAGUCUUUUUCUAUGCAUGAAAUCACUGACCGUUUGUGUUCUUAUUUGUUUCCUGAUCGACUUUCCCAAAGACUCUCCUGCUGUUUUACUCUACUGAAGCCGGUUUUGUGAUCGUAAUGACCGCAGGUCCAUAUAGAAUAUGUGUUUUGGUUGCACAGAUGCACCUUUCAACAGUAUUUCUUAAACUUAAAAAUGUAUUAAUAUCCACUGGAUUGAUUCAGAUAAUAAUACAUAAUUUGGUUGAAGUUUGUGAUGUUCUUGGGAACCAGAGGGAAGCAUUGGAUUGCUUUAUGUACACAAUUCAUUCAUUUGUGCCUCAAAUCUACAGUGGAAUAAUAAUAGUCUGAUUUGUGUAAAUACUUUUGUAAUAAAGACUGUAAAAUACAUGUGAAAUGACCCUGUACAAAAUAAAAGUCACAGCUGCUUUAGAAGCUUUUACCCACAUUUCCUAGUUUCCUGGUGUGUUUUCUGUUGAGUAUGAAUAAAACUUUAUAAAAACA